CCUGUUUAUACAGGAAGUAGCCGACGAAGCAUUUCCAUGCACAAUCAGCUGUUACAAACGGAAUACUUCUCACCAACUUUAAACAAAGUUGUCGUUGUUGACAUGAGUGGCCCCGAAACCCAAUUUAAUCCAAAAGAGCACCAGCACCUGCGUUAUAAUCCAUUGAGGGACAAUUGGGUCCUGGUCUCAACCCACCGCAUAAAAAGACCCUGGACCGGACAAGUGGAAAAACCUCCAGAGGAAUGUAUAGCGAGAUAUGAUCCGUGCAAUCCUCUAUGUCCUGGGAACACACGUGCUAAUGGAGAGAAGAAUCCAGACUACAAGAGCACUUUCGUUUUUGAAAACGACUUUCCUGCCAUUCAGCCAGAUGCUCCAGAUCCUCCUUCAGAUCAGCAUCCAUUGUUCCGCUCUAAAGCUGCCAGGGGCGUGUGCAAGGUCAUGUGUUUCCAUCCCUGGUCUGAUGUCACCCUCCCUCUCAUGAAAAAAGAAGAGGUUGUCACUGUCAUUAACAAGUGGGCAGAGAUCAUGGAAGAACUGGGUGCCACCUAUCCAUGGGUUCAGAUUUUUGAAAAUAAAGGAGCUGCGAUGGGUUGUUCCAAUCCACAUCCCCACUGUCAGGUGUGGGCCAGCAGCUUCAUUCCGAAUGAGCCAGCUCUGUCCGAUCGUUGUCAGAAAGCGUUUUAUGACAAGUACCAGGAGCCAAUGCUGUUGCAAUAUGCCAAGGAAGAAGUUGAAAAAAAGGAACGUGUGGUGGUGAUGAACGCUCAUUGGCUGGCAGCGGUUCCUUACUGGGCCACGUGGCCCUAUCAGUUACUGCUGUUACCACGACGACACGUCCUCAGAAUCAAUCAGUUGACCGCAGAGGAACGAGAGAGUCUGGCUGACAUUAUGAAGCAACUGCUGACCAAAUACGACAAUCUAUUUAAUGUGUCCUUUCCCUACUCCAUGGGUUGGCAUGGAGCCCCUACUGGCCCCUACUUAAAGGAAGACAGUUCACAUUGGCAGCUUCACGCUCACUACUACCCUCCUCUGCUCCGCUCAGCCACGGUCAAGAAGUUCAUGGUCGGCUACGAGAUGCUCGCAACCGAGCAACGGGACCUCACUCCUGAACAGGCUGCAGAGAAGUUACGGAAUCUACCAGACGAGCACUAUAAAAGCAGGGCUGUAGAAGAAAAAUGAGAAUUAAAGUGAAAAUAUCAAUUUAGCACAAUCUAAAAAUGACAAUAAUCAAUACUAUCAUAAUUGUAUGUGCUUGAAAAAAAUGAUUGGGUCAGUUUUUAGCGUUACAUCAAGGUAUUAUCAUUUGUGUCAACGUAUCAGUGUCAUCUUUAAUAUAUCAGAAUAUGUUUCUGACGUAUGGAUUGAGUUGAAAUUGGCAACAUUUGGGUAAAACAAAUGGCCUGAGUCAUUAUUUGAUAAGUAAAAAAUAAAAAUAAAAAAUGCACUGUAUAUAUUUUAAUAUAAAUAUAGAAUUGGGUAACACAAAGCCUCAAAAUGUUGGGGAAAUGUUUUUGCUAUCAGCCCAUCUGUUUUUGAGAUUAUAUAAAACCAGAUGGAUUUUCGCUGUAUUUGGUGCAUAGAUGAUUCAUUUUUUAUUUGCAUUGAGAAUGAAUAAUAUUCAGUUGUAUGUACAGACUUGCCGCAACACCGUUAUCAUAUUUUCACAACUGUUUUUUUUAAUUAAGCUAGCUAAAUUGUGAUCCAGUCGAGCAAGUAUUGCAUUCUUUGCCUCAUCCAUCCACUUAAGAUAAAAGCAAAGUGAAACCGACUUGUUUCUUUGCCUUGCGUCACUUUAUCUGACCUGCCCUCCCCCUUGUUGCCCCAAAGUAAAUAAACACAGAUGAAGAGGGUCUCUUGCCUCAAA